GCGCCUAUAUCUUUGCACCCCCUUUCUCUCCUUCUCUCCUCUCCUUCUUCUUUUUUCUUUUUUCUCUCUUUCCUUCCUCUCUUUUAGCUUUUGACAUCCUCCCGUUCUUCGAUAACCAUCACCCCAUCCCCCACCCACACCCACACCUUCACACAUCACACAUCACAACCAUGGCCGACACCACCGCCACCACCACCAUCGCACCCACCGUCGAGGCUCCCGUCGCCAACCACGAGACCAAGGAGCAGAUUGCUGCCCCUGCCGCAGAGACCGUCGCCGCCCCUGUCACUGAGGCCGCUGCCGAGCCAACCGUUGCGGCUGCUGUCGAGCCCACCACCACAGAGGCCGAGGCUGCCCCCGCUACCACUGAGGAGGCUGCCCCUAUUGUUGUUGUCGAGGAGACCACCACCGAGGUUAUCGCCACCCCCGCCACCGAGGAUGCCCCUGCCCUCACCAACAAGGCUGACAAGAAGAAGUCAUGGAUCGCAAAAUUGACCAGCAACAUCAAGAAGUUGGCUGAGAAGAAGCCCAAGGCUGAGAAGGCUGCUAUCCCUGAAAAGCACGCUGAGGUUGCUCCUGUCCCUGCCGAGGCCCCCGUUGUCACUGAGGCCGCCCCUGAGCCCGUCGCUGCCGUUGUCGAGGAGACCCCUGCUGCUGCCAUCACUGAGGCCGCUGUCGAGACCCCUGCUGAGGUUCACACCGAGGUCGCCGAGACCCCUGCUCAGACUGAGGCUACCCCUGCUGCCGAGGCCCCAGUUGCACCUGCUGUGGAGGCCCCUGCUGCUGAUAUUGAGGAGGCAAAGCCCGCCGCCGAGGAGAAGCCUGCUGAGGAGAAGCCUGCUGAGAAGUCAUCCCCUCUCUCUGCCAAGUUGAGCAAGCGCUUGUCGCUCGGAUUCUUCAAGAGCAAGAAGGAGAAGAAGGAGGAGAAGGCUGCGGCUCCUGCCCCCGUUGCCGAGACCGCUGAGACCGCCGAGGCCACUGAGGUCACUGAGGCACCUACUGUUGCUGCUGCUGUUGAGCCCGAGGUUGCUGCUCCCCCUGCCCCUGCCAAGGACGAGACCCCAGCUGCUGUUGAGACCACCGAGGUCCCAGCCGAGAAGACCGUUGAGCAGACUGCCGUCGCUGUUGCUGCCCACUAAACGUCGCCCCAGUCGGACGUGACCUUGACUCCAUGGGACUGAUAGGGACCUGCUAAUUAUGGAUGACUGAGACUAGGUAAGGAUCUACGCCAUCGCGUUUUGCCGCGUACCUGUAGCCGCUCUUUUGGUUCCCCUUUUCGUUUCCCCCCCUUGCACCUGGUUGGUUGCUGGUUAGCCGACUUGUUUAUUUUUCGAAUCAUGGCGAGUCAUUGUCACACGAAGUUGGAUCGAUGAGCAUAUGAUUCUCUGCCGAACACGGGAACCUUACUUUGGCGUGGCAUGGAUC